AUGAUUUGUGUAAUUGAUAGUUGCAAAAAUUCUGCGAAGGACGAAGAUCAUGAAUUAUGCCCCACCCAUCUAAACAUAUGGAUAGCGAACCCUUCGGUUCUUCCGAGCACUAUAAGGAUUCAAAAUUCGACAAAGUACACGAAUUUGGUUGAGAUCCCCAAGGGAUCACCAUCUUUCCUAGAGGUAGAAAAAAAAUUCAUGAAGGAUUGGGUGAAACCGAAUGCGAAUGGUGUAAGAAUAGAGGCGAUAUACAAUAUAUACCUGCACCCCGAAAUCGUUCAAAACUAUAAAAAUUAUCGUGCGCAGGUUGAAGAUCGCGGGAAAUAUAAGGCGAAGGGACUUUACGAAGGAAAUGAAAUGAUACUUUAUCAUGGAACGGAUCAUCUGUGCUCAAUAAUAUUUGAUACUGAUAAACAAAGUUUAUUGUGCAAAGGAACAAAUUGUGGGGGAUGCGGAAUUUUGAUGAAUGGUUUUGACAUGGCCAAGGAAAAACCAAAAAUUUAUCCGCUUCAGGUUGGUCAAAAUAACCAAGGAAGAAGCUUUCAGAGACUCGGACAGGGUCUUUAUUUUACUCCAUAUUCUUCAAAAGCUCAUUAUUAUGGGCACGGAGGACAAAAAGUGUGUCCGAACGACAGUUCCCGAACUUGCAGAAUAAUGUUUAUGUCAAAAAUCGUAGUCGGUAAUCCUUGGCAGCCCCAUUGUGUUAGUCAAGAUGCCCGCGGUCCCCCAGAGGGAUUCGAUAGUACCUGGGGAAAAAAAGGAAACUGUCCCCAUGGCUCGUCCGUGUUGGUGUAUGAAGAAUAUGCGAUUUACCGUCACGACGCAUGUCUGCCAGUGAGAUACAUUGCAUACUCUUAUACAAGCACUGUCGAAUAA